AUGAAGGCUAACACAACGGCCGGCGGAGAGGCGGAGGAGAAAUUCGACUGCGGCUUUGCAAAGCUCGACGAGGACCAGUGCACGACUAAGAUGAAUCGGUGCGAGAGGGAGUGGCGGGAGAUCAUCACCGACCCACACUCGGUGCAGCUGGCGGGCAUUUUGGGGGCCAACCGCAUCCGCAUCAACCACCACUGCCUGCCCAGGGACCUCUAUGCCGUCAACAUAGUCUCCAAGGAAGCCGCCGGCGAGCAGAUUGAGAUCCCUUGCGAGAUUCCCACCAGCUCUGUCAUGGUCCGCGAAGCCGUCUAUGGCGACAACUGGUGAAUUCUGACACGACCACACGAACGAGACACACGCCAUUUGUGUGCUUGUUGCGCCUGCUCUGCGUCACGCAGCGGCACAGACAAGGCUUUGGUGCAGACGCAUGAGGCUUUCCAGGCGUGUGAGCGUGCCCCGGGUGUGUGUCGCUACACGGUCAAGGGCUUCACGGACCGCGACUACCUGAGCAAAAAGGGGUGCGACACGCGCAACUUCUACGCCAUCUACAGCUGCGAGGUGAGCAAGGAGACCCGGCUGAUCUACAACAAGCUGGGCGAGAUGGUGGAGCGCAACAAGAGAGAGCAGCAGGAGCUCGACAAGGUCAAGUACAGCGAGGCCGACCUGCGGGUGUAUAUGCUUUACACCUUCAAGCAGAACCGGGACUUCACGGCAUUCAAUGACAACGAGAAGCGGUGCUUCCGCUGCUUCAUGGGGCUGACCGACGCCAACGCCGAGGGGGUGGGGGUGACCAUCGACAAGGUCAACGAGGAGAUUGACAGACUCACCAUGCCACCUGUCAAACUAGACUGCGCCCAGCUGAGGGAGGACACACCAGUCCAUUCCCCCCACAGGCCGAGAGCUCAAUAUGUACCUUCCUUGUCUGGCUGUGCGUCUCUGUCUGUGUCACCCUGUGAGCAGCAAGGCAAGUACGAUCUCUUCGACUGGCUCAAGAACAGCACUCAGUGUCUGUCUCAGUGCAAGGGCCCCUGCCAGCGCAACACCGACCUCAUCGAGUUCAUCAGCAACUGCACUUCAGCCGCCGGAGGGGCUGCUGCUGCUGCAGGUGGUGCUGCUGCUGGGGCCACACCUGCGGAUGCAGCCGCAACAGUGGCUGCAGAGGCUGCUGUGGCGGCUGUGGAGCUGACACCCCUGGCGACCAUACAGGAGCACACACAGCUGAUGCAGCGAGUCAGCCAGCACCACCAGGAGCAUCAGCAGGAGCAGCAAGCAGGAAGACAACAGGCCUAGGUUACGUACGUCACUGACGAGUGAGUGAGUGGGUGGGUUGGCCGCUAUCGCACCUGGGCGUAGUGUGUUUGUUAGAUAUCUGUGACUGUGAAGCUUUUUCUGACUUGCUCUGUGUGCCAUUAUGUGUUUCUGUCCGUUCAUGGCAUGGUUGACUGACACUCUCUGGUUGCUUUGGUGGUGUGCCCUGGUCUGCCGGGCGAGC